CAUGUUAUUUAUUUAUUUAUUUCCAAUUUUUUGAGGCUCUGAAGCUGCCAUGAUAUCUCUUCGCUUAUCUGUUUAGGCCUAUUGUCUCCUUUCCUCGCAACCUACCCUACGCUUUCAUCAUUCUCUUUAAAGGCGCGAAUGGCUUCCAAUCUCCUCAAAAUCCAUUUACAGACUUUCAGAUCUACAAAUCCCUCGACCCCAUUUCCGGUCGCUAAAAUUCUCUUCCAAUCUCUCUCAUUUCCCACUGAACAACAUCACCAACACCAAUACCAUGUGUCUUUCUUCCCACAGCAACUCCCCAGCAAGCGAAAAAUCUCUCCUCCACCUCUUCAAUCCUCGUUGUCUUCCUCCACCCCACCCACCUCAAGAGAAGAUGCCAUCCUCCAAGCCAAGACCUGCCUCUCCACCACUUUAGAAAAGCCCCUCAACAACCCUAAACUCACUGGCAAACUCAAGAAACAGAAGCAGCCCAAGUUUCGGGUUGAAAUUCCAGUCAUUGAUGACUCCCCUGCUUCACUCUCCCAACUCGCUUUUGAUGUCUUUGGCGACAUACCCAACAAGAGAAAAGGUUCCCCUGUUAAGAUCCUCAUAUUGUGGCCUAACCCCACAUUGACAGAAGCUGCAAUUAAGACCUUUGAGCUUCACUCAACAAACCAUGUUGAACACAUGGACAUCUCUUCAAUUACUAACGAGAGUAACAGAAUUUUGAAUUCUUCUGAUGUGGCAAUAUUUUUGGCGCCUGAGACUUCACAAUUGGCAGUUAUGAAAACAGUAACUGAGACUUUGUACCCAAAGCCAAUAGUGAUUUUCAACCCCAAAUGGGCUUUUGAGGAUGAGAGCAACUUUGGAGGGCUGAGUGGCUUUGUGGGUUCAUUUGAAGUGAUUUAUUCGUUCAUGGGGUUGGAGGUUAGAGGGGUUUUGAGCAAGAGAAAGGGAGUGGUUUUCAAGUGUGUGAGAGAUGGGGUUUUGAGUGGUGAGAAAUGGACUGUUCUGGUUGAAGAAGAAGGAGAACUGAAGGUAGUUUCCAGGUUCAAGGCAAGGCCAGCUAUUGGUGAAGUCGAGAAUGUUUUGUAUAACUUAAUGGCCAUCAACUCACCCAUAACGAAGUCGGCAAAAUUUUUGAGGGGUCUGGUGUCAAAUGUAACAGGAAAAAAGUAAGUGCAAAUUGAACAACGAAGAUUCCUUCUUAUCUAUUUAUCAUGUUCUGAGAAUUUUGAGAAACUGUUUGUUGAAAUGUCUGAAUGAAUGUAGUUAUACGGAUCUUUUUAUUUGAAUGAAUGUAGUUAUACCCAUCCUUUUAUU